AUGAUGAAGAAAGUCCAAACAGCGCAGUCACCGCGUCAACAACAACAGGCAACAACAACGACAACAACAACGAAUCCUUCUGCUGGCGCCUUCUCAGCUGGCCUACCCUUUACUCCAAGCACCGACCAAGCCCAGAACUUGCGCAACUACCAGGAGUUCCUGUUGAAAGGAGGGGACAGCACUGGAGGAUGGGAUGUGAAUCAGAUUGUGAAAAGAUGCGAGGUAGCAUUGACGCCGCAGCUUGGAGCUGACCACAAGAAUAAGAGCAAGCGGGCAGGAGCAGCUUCUUCUUCACGUGAAGCCAAGCGACUGGCAAAAGCCAAGGAAAAGGAAGAAAAGAAAGCAGCAAAGGAAGCCGAACUGAAGAAAAAGGAAGAAACGUCCAAAGAGAUAGACAAAAUCGUGGAUAAGUUCCAGCCGGACUAUCGCAAGUGCAUUAGGUGCCAAGAUGAAAAGCAUCCCCGGAACAAACAAGAUGAAACCGAUUACUCAGUUGCCAAAUGGUUGAUUCUCAAGGAAGGAAAGCCUGAGGAGAAGCGCUAUGACAUUGCUGACUUCAACCAUCAGCAGCUGCGCGAUUUGGCCGCUAAGUGCAAGCUCAAGGGAUCUGGAAGUAUGUCCAUGUGGAAGGCAAGGAUGGAAUUAGCAGCAUGGGCAAAAUCUGGGACGAUUUACAGUGACAACAGCAUCGCCAAUCCUUUUACAACAGCCCAGGAGAAGAAAACGAACACAUACAUGCGCAUUAUCCAGACUUGUUUCCAUCCUUCAUUGGUCCAGCGAUUUGUGGAUCUUAAUGACAGGAACAAGCGCAAGCAGUUUGAGCAGAACAGUGGCCAAGAUCCAGUGAAGUCGUUUAUGGUGGAGGUGUCCAAUAUGUACAACGAUACUUCCUUCAAUGAAACCCUGUCGAAGAUUGUUAACAGUGACCAGAACUGCCCAACAGUGACGCCCAUCUUGUUGAAUGGGUGGCCAGCGGUGAGCUGA